AUGGACGUUUCAGCAGCUGUGGAAAGUCAGGAUGGCAGAAGAGGCCUUGAGGCCCACAGGCAGGAGGCUAGGCAGAAAGCCAUACGCCAGGAGUUCUAUAAGAGCGACCGUGUGAGGAAUUUCCACCGGGCGCUCCUGCUGUCCGAAACUAUGAACGAUCGCCAGAACCAGGUGAAGAUCGAGCGGAAGCUGGCCACCGCAGCCGAAGAGGGGACCAAGAAGAUGAUCGACGAGAUAAAGCGGAAAUGGCUGGAGGGCAUCGCCCAGGACCGAGAGAACCUGAAGCAGCGUCAGAUGGAGUCCAAGGCCGUCGGAGACUACGUAAAGCAGCAGAUGAUGGAGCACGAGUGCAUGCGGAGACAGAUGAGGCUGGACAAGGAACAGGAGAUUGAAGAGUGCCGGCAGAUGCGGGAGCAAUACGCGCGGGAGAAGCAACUGCGCAAGCAGCAGGACCAGAUAGACAUGAUGAAUGCGAGGAAAGCUCACAGGGAGUUUCUGGCAGGGACCGACACCAUCAGGGCCCUGGAGGCUGAGAAACAGGAGAUGGAGUUUGAGAGGAGGAAGUUUUUCAGCAUGGAGAGGGAGAAAGUGGUGAAGAGGAAGCAGGAGAAGAGGGCAGAGAGACGCAGGGUGGCGCAGAGGUACAAGGAGAUGGUGGCAGAGCAGCUGGCCACCGAGAUGCAGGAGAAAGCCAACCAAGAGGAGCGGCUCAACGCCCAGAUGUUGGCCGACGGCCUGGCCAAGUGGGAGGCCAAGCUACAGAGGGAGUGCAUAGAGCUGGAGGAGAAGAGGAAGUCCAUGUGCGACGCCAUCGCCGUGAACCUCGAGAGCAAGCGCGAGCACCAGGAGAAGGCAGAGGAGGAGGCGCAGAGCGCGCAGGAGGACUUGGAGGCCAGGAAGGAGGAGGACCGCGUCUACUGGGAGACCGAGCAGCUGGAGGUGCAGAAGAAGGAGAAGCAGCGCACCAUCAUGGAUGAGUUUCUGCGGUGGCAGAUGCUGGAGCGGCGCUUCAACAAGCGGAUCCUGCACGAAGAGGGGCUAGACUUCGACAAGAAGUACGAGGAGCUGAUCUCCGAGGAGGAGGAGCAGUUUCAGGCGUACACCACCGCAGUGAUCAAUGCCGCCGCCAAGGCAAACAGGAACAUCCUGCCACUUCUCAGGGCAGCCAAUCAUGGCAUGUGGUAUGGCCUGGGACCAAUCACUGGAGGCCUCAGAACCGGCUACUUGGAGCCCGGUGCAACCUAUGAUGAAAUCCCCAAUUACGUGGGCACCACGACCCCAGACAUCAAAAGGUUAUAUGGGGACACUGACGGCCAAGCAGAUUCAAGAAGAAGAUUGGGUUUUAUUUGGUAA